UUCUGUCUGUUCCAAUAUUUUGCUCUUUAGGCUGUGGCAUAAACGGGGCUAAUGAGAUAGCGUUGCUAUGUUCAGUAAACAAUUUGAGAUUGAAAUGAAGGUUUUCCACAAAUGAUCAAUGGCUGUUCCUUUGAGAAACGGAAGGAAUUUGCAGACAUCGCUGCCUUAAACAGGAAGAUGGAAAUACUGGCUGUAAAUGUGUCAGCCACUGCCCCUUCUGCUGCCACUUCAGCCCAAUCCCCUGAACAGGAGGACUCGGGCUUCCCGCUUGCAUCCUUGGACAGCGAGGACUAUGUCUUUGUGGAAGCACGGCACUCCAACAAGGUUCUGGAAGGCCUAAACAGCCUGCGUCUCAACAAUGCUUUCUGUGAUGUCAUCCUGUGCUGUGGUGGCCAGGAGUUUCCAUGUCAUCGUAUCGUCCUGGCCUCCUUCAGCUCCUACUUUCAGGCCAUGUUCUCCACUGAUCUGAUGGAGUCCCGGCAGGAGCGGGUGGCUAUCAAUGGGGUGGAGCCUCAGAUGAUUGGCAUGCUGGUGAGCUAUGCGUACACUGCUGAGGUGGUCAUCUCCAAGGCCAAUGUGCAGGCUUUGUUGGCUGCUGCCAACCUACUGGACAUCAUGGCAGUUCGCGAGGCCUGCUGCCGCUUCAUGGAGCGACAGAUGGAUGAGAUGAACUGUGUGGGCAUCCACUGCUUUGCAGAAGCUCACUCCUGCCGAGAGCUGGAGAGGCAAAGCAUGGAGUACAUCCUGCAGCACUUCAGCUCCGUCUGUCGCCAGGAGGAAUUCUUGUCCCUAUGUGCUGACAAGCUGACCGAGAUCAUCUCUAGUGACCAUCUCAAUGUGCCAAAGGAGGAGACUGUGUUUGAGGCCGCCAUGCUGUGGCUAGAAAAGAGUGCCUCCCGCAGGCAGAGCUUUGAAAAGGUGCUGGAGCACAUUCGGCUGCCCCUCAUUAGUCCCUAUUACAUCCAUGAUGUGGUCGAGUCCCUGCCCGUGGUCAAGGAGUCCUUGCAGUGCCAGAGGCUCAUCUCGGAGGCUAAAGACUACCUGCUGCUGCAGGAUCGGCGUGGAGAGCUGUAUGGCCCUCGAGCACGUCCGCGUCGAUCCACAGGCACAGCAGACGUGAUUGUGACUGUAGGGGGUGAGGAUGACAAAGUUGUUCUGCGUAGCGUGGAGAGCUUUGACCCGGUCACCAGUCAGUGGAAGAGCCUCGCCUGCCUGCCCUUCGCUGUCAGUAAGCACGGCCUGGUAGUAUCAGUUCCUGGAGGAAUAGUUUUGCAUUCAGCAGCAGAGGUGAGUGUCACAGGACUCCUGCCCUCCCCAGGUUCCACGCUGUAUCUGGCUGGUGGGGAGUUCCCUGAUGGCUCAGCCAGCCGGGAGAUGUGGCGCUACGACCCCUGCUUCGAUUCCUGGUUGGAGAUGGCCCCCAUGAACGUAGCACGAUCAGAGCUUGGUUUGGUUAUGCUGGAUGGCUUCGUGUUUGCGGUGGGUGGCUGGGAGGGCCGAUCCCGUCUGGACUCUGUGGAGUGCUACAACCCUAACACUAACACCUGGCACUUUGUGGAAUCUGUCAAGAUGGCAGUGACCAGUCCUGCAGUAGUGGCUCUAGAUGGACUACUCUAUGUUACAGGUGGCGCUGUUCUUGAGGAUGGUGAUGGCACAGACUUGGCACAGGUGUACAAUCCCAAAACAUGCGUUUGGACCGAGGUGGCUCCCAUGCAGAUCGCUCGCUCUGGCUCCGCCGCCUGUGUCCUAAAGGGCAAGAUCUAUGUCAUAGGUGGCUGGCAUGCCUCUACAGAGAACACAGAUAAAGUUGAAUAUUAUGACCCUAAGAGCAACCAGUGGACAAUGUGUGCUCCCAUGAAAGAAAGACGCUACCGUCCCGGGGUGGCUGUGGUGGAUGGAAAGAUAUACGUGCUCGGGGGAGAAGAGGGAUGGGACAGGUACCAUGACACUAUAGAGCGGUAUUGUGAAGAGACAGAUACUUGGGAAAUUGUAGGGGAGAUGCCAACCAGUCGGAGCUGGCUCAGCUGUGUGUCCCUGCAAGUCAGAAAAGAUGCCCACAGUGCCAGCCAGCCAAGCACUGGAUCAGGAGAGUUUCCUGCUGACUAAGAGCCAUUGUGAUAUAUGUGGACUGCACUGUUGGCACUACUUGGCAAGACCAUUUAGAGAGAAGACUGCAGAAUCAUAAACAGCCUGCCACCUUCACUGACUCCUGCGGGCUUUAAACAGACUCGAGCAUGCAGCUCUAAAAACUGAUCCUGUUUUUGGAGGUGAGGGGGAAGCCUUCAGUCCCAAGUACUUUCCUGAAGGUCAGAUGUUUCUUUUGAACUCUGUGUAUCCAGAGUGAUGGCCUUACUGUGGUCAAUGCUCUGUCCUUUGUGGAAUUCCUAAGGUGUCUUUGUGAUGUGGGACUUCGUGCCAGGUGUUUGUGGUGAACUAAGGAAAAAGGUUAAGUGCUCAGAGAAAGCAGAUUUUACAGCACACCUUGAGACGAGUGCUUACACUGUCUUUGUUCAUCGUCAGCGUCCAACUACAUUUUGUACCAACUGUGGUGUUAUUUAUAGUGGCAAGUCCAUACUGAAAUUUCAACAAAUCUUGAAGCUAGUGUGUAUGGGGUGAUCUGUAGUGUCAGUAUACAGUUAUUUGCCUUGAUUCUUGCUGGCAGCCUUUGUGUCAUUUCAAGCUGUGUAGUUAACUUGGCUAGAUGUUUCCCUUCAUGAAGCAUAGCAGUCCCAGGGCAUACAUUACAAAACUUUCCACUGCAUAAUCUUUUACAUGUGGCAUUUCUAAUCUUUAAAAUGACACACAAAAACCUAGAAACAUGAUUCUGUUAAGCCAGUGCAACCAAUGCAUUUUAAAACCAACAACCAACUAGUUUUUUUUGCACCAGAUUCUAUCAAUAAAAGCAUGUAUGCAUUCAUAUAUGAAUCUAGAUAGGAUGUAUGUACUGGACUCUGACGAGACUAGUUGGGAUUUUUUCCCCCACUUGAUUAUGGGGAAAUCCCUCUGUUCAAAAAUUGCAGAAAAAAACUAGUGGCAACUGUGCUGUAUAGAAAGAGUACAUUCUGUCUGCAUCAACACUACUUCCAUAAAGCACUAAUGACAUCCUUUUUAAUCUAACCAUGCUCAGUGGGAACAUCAGGGCUUUCCAAUAUUAGCCUGUGGUGAGUUGUAUAUUUUUGUGGUUCCAAACCUCAAAUCCGGUACCCAAGGCCAGAUCUAAGCAUUUAAUGCAUUCCAUCUCUAGCACACCUGAUGCAACUAAUCAAGGGCUUGAGUUGUAUCAGGUGUGCUUGAGGUGGAACACAGGAAAUGCCUGGAUUCUGCUGGGUGUACCCGAGAGGUUUGGGAACCAGUGGUAUCUCGUCCACAGCAAAUGUGUGCAUGAUGUGCAUUUUUGGUAGUGUGUGUAAUUGAGGCUUGCAGAGUGCAUAUCCCUUAUUAAUGUGAUUGUGUAGACUGAAAACUAUGGAAAGUGAAGUUAAAAUAAAAAUGUGUAAAUCUCA